CAUUCGUAGUUCAAAAUUCAAUGUGUUAACACAGAGAAAAAUAUUUAUGUAUAAAAUAUUUGCAAUUUCAUUUUGUAUUUGUGUUCUGGGUUUCGUUCUCUAAUUGAGCCAUAAUUGAGCUGAGACUGAGCUAAUAAUCCCAACUGAAUUAGCAUCUCGUUGAGCUUCGCAUAGCUUUUAGACGGAAACCCCCUAAAGAAUCAACAUGUGUUGUGGACCAGCUUCGUGCUGCCCGAGCUGCGGCCCACCCUGUGGCGGACCCUAUUCUACGCAAUGUUGCGUGGAGCUCUGCUGUUCCCCCUGUACCCCGGCCUACUUGCAGUGCACCAUCUGUCCCUGCUACCCUCGCUGUUGCUAGCACAGUGAAGGACGAAGAGUUACCAUUGUCCUCACGGCGGAUAGCCCUAAAGAUUGCUGAUCCCAACUAACGAAAUGAUAAUGCAAAACAAAAACAAAUAAAAAUAAAAUAUAAUAGAUCACAAGA